CUUUUUCUUUUUCAUAUUACUUAUUUUUGAACUCCUCAAUAGAAGUCUGUAGUGAAAGAAAUUUUGCCCAAGUUCCAGGAGACAGAACUAUGGAUUCAGCAGAGAAAAGGCUCAAUGAGCUUGGCUACAAGCAAGAACUGAGAAGAGAAAUGACUAUGUUCAAAACGCUGGCCAUAUCAUUUUCCACAAUGACCCUUUUCACUGGAAUUACACCUCUCUAUGGUUCUAGUCUUCAAUAUGCUGGCCCUGCAACUCUUGUAUGGGGAUGGAUAGUGGUUUCUUUCUUCACUUGGUUCGUUGGGAUUGCAAUGGCUGAGAUAUGCUCAUCGUUCCCGACAACUGGUUCUCUGUACUUUUGGGCUGCUCAUUUAGCUGGUCCAAAAUGGGGACCAUUUUCUUCAUGGUGCUGUGCUUGGCUUGAGACCAUAGGCCUUAUAGCUGGGAUAGGGACUCAGGCAUAUGCAGGAUCACAAACUUUGCAGAGCAUAAUCCUACUCUCAACAGGCACAAACAAAGGUGGAGGGUACUUUGCCCCAAAAUGGCUCUUCUUAUGUAUGUACAUUGGCCUUACUGUUAUAUGGGCAGUUCUAAACACUUUUGCUUUGGAAGUGAUUGCCUUGAUUGAUAUAGUUUCAAUAUGGUGGCAGGUUAUUGGUGGAUUGGUUCCCUCCCGGACGGAAGAGCAAGACAACGGAGCUUGGAGCGAGACCGGACGGCAAGAAGGCAAAUUUGUGAAGGUGCUCAGUGACUCAAUCCCACAACCGAAAUAG